AUCUUCCGGGUCGAUACAAGUUCUCCUGGUCUGCACAGGAGACGGUCUGCAAAGAGGAGGGGGGCUGCCUAUUGUGCUGACUCCAGCAGGGGUGAACGUUGGAUGUGGGCACCAUGGCGAAUCUGUUCCGUGUUGUAGUGACCAGCUGCUCAGUUCCUGUGUUCCGUGGAGUCUCCUGUCUAAAACUGCAGAACGCGCCAUCAAUCAAAACCAGCUUACGCUUUUUCAGAACCCACCCUGCCUUGGCAAGAUGUGCCAGUCCAGGAAUUCCUUACAAACAACUCACAGUUGGUGUCCCUAAAGAGAUAUUUCAGAAUGAACGGCGUGUGGCGCUGUCUCCUGCGGGUGUGCAGGCACUCAUCAAACAGGGAUUCAAUGUUGUUGUGGAGUCUGGUGCUGGGGAAUCAUCAAAGUUCCCAGAUGAACAGUACACUCAGGCUGGAGCUUCAGUUAAAGACCUGAAAGAUGUGUUGGCAUCAGAUGUUGUGGUCAAGGUUCGUGCUCCUGUCUUCAACCCUGCCCUCGGGGUGCAUGAGGUGGACAUGCUGAAAGAUGCUGCUACUUUAAUCAGUUUCAUCUAUCCUGCACAAAACCCAGAACUGAUGGACUUGCUUUCCAAAAAGAAGGCUACAGUCCUGGCUAUGGAUCAAGUGCCCAGAAUCACUAUUGCCCAGGGUUUUGAUGCACUCAGCUCUAUGGCAAAUAUUGCUGGUUAUAAGGCCGUGGUGUUGGCAGCUAACAGUUUUGGGCGCUUCUUCACCGGACAAAUCACUGCAGCGGGUAAAGUGCCCCCUGCAAAGGUGCUCAUUAUUGGAGGUGGUGUGGCUGGUUUAGCAGCAGCUGGUACUGCCAGAGCCAUGGGAGCUAUAGUUCGAGGAUUUGAUACCAGAGCUGCUGCUUUGGAGCAGUUCAAGUCUCUGGGUGCAGAGCCUCUGGAGGUGGACAUCAAGGAAUCUGGAGAGGGCCAGGGAGGAUAUGCCAAGGAAAUGUCAAAGGAGUUCAUCGAAGCAGAGAUGAAGCUGUUUGCCAAACAGUGUCAGGACGUGGAUAUUGUCAUCAGCACUGCUCUAAUCCCUGGUAGAAGGGCACCCAUCCUAAUUACUAAACCGAUGAUUGAGAGCAUGAAAGAUGGGUCAGUAGUGGUGGACAUGGCUGCUGAGGCAGGAGGCAACAUUGAGACAACAGUUCCUGGGGAGCUUUCAGUGUACAAGGGUGUAACUCAUAUUGGCUACACAGAUCUUCCAAGUCGGUUGCCCACACAGUCCAGUACUUUAUACUCUAACAACAUUACUAAGCUUGUUCGAGCUAUCAGCCCUGACAAAGACAACUUUUUCCUUGAUGUCAAGGAUGAGUUUGACUAUGGCACGAUGGAUCAUGUUGUCAGGGGAUCUAUUGUCAUGCAGAAUGGAAAGAAUCUAUUCCCAGCUCCUCAGCCCAACAAUGUUCCUGUUGCAGCACCACCAAAACCAAAGUCAGUCCAAGAACUGGAAGCAGAGAAAGCUUCACAGAUCUCUCCCUUCAGGGCUACGCUCACCACUGCUGGUCUUUAUACUGGUGGUUUUGCCACCAUGCUGGGUCUGGGUGUGUCUGCUCCUAACGCUGCCUUCACCCAGAUGGUCACCACGUUUGGCCUGGCUGGUAUUGUUGGAUACCACACAGUGUGGGGAGUCACUCCUGCUCUGCACUCUCCACUCAUGUCUGUCACAAACGCCAUCUCAGGUCUAACGGCAGUGGGUGGGCUAUCUCUGAUGGGAGGUGCUUAUAGCCCAGAAACUACUGCUCAGACACUGGCUGUACUUGCUGCCUUCAUCUCCUCAGUCAACAUUGCCGGUGGGUUCCUUGUGACUCAGAAGAUGUUGGACAUGUUUAAGCGUCCCACUGAUCCUCCUGAGCAUAAUUAUCUCUACUUGCUUCCUGGUGGUGUGUUUGUUGGAGGCUACGCUGCAGCUCUACAGUCUGGAUACAACAUUGAGCAGAUGAUGUAUUUAGGCUCUGGUCUAUGUUGUGUUGGAGCCUUGGCUGGGCUUUCCAACCAAACCACAGCACGUCUUGGAAAUGCAUUGGGAAUGAUGGGAGUUGCAGGGGGGAUUGUAGCCACGUUGGGUGCCCUCAAGCCAAGCCCUGAACUCCUGACUCAGAUGAGUGCUGCCAUGGCUGUAGGUGGAACUGCUGGGCUGGCCAUCGCGAAAAGGAUCCAGAUCACUGACUUACCGCAGCUGGUGGCUGCUUUCCACAGCUUGGUUGGCCUAGCUGCAGUGCUCACCUGUGUGGCUGAGUAUAUGAUUGAAUACCCCCACUUUGCUACGGAUCCAGCUGCCAAUCUCACAAAGAUUGUUGCCUACCUUGGCACAUACAUUGGUGGCAUCACAUUUAGUGGCUCUUUGGUUGCUUAUGGCAAACUGCAAGGAAUUCUGAACAGUGCUCCCCUAAUGCUUCCUGCACGUCAUGCUCUGAAUGCCAGCCUGAUGGCAGCCUGUGUUGGUGGGAUGGUUCCCUACAUGCUUGAUCCCAGCUACACUACUGGCAUCACCUGCCUGGGAUCUGUCUCUGCCCUGUCCGCUGUGAUGGGUGUAACACUGACAGCAGCCAUAGGAGGCGCUGACAUGCCUGUAGUUAUUACAGUGCUUAACAGUUACUCUGGCUGGGCCCUGUGUGCUGAGGGCUUCCUGCUGAACAACAACCUGCUGACUAUUGUUGGAGCACUUAUUGGAUCUUCUGGGGCUAUUCUGUCAUACAUUAUGUGUGUGGCUAUGAAUCGGUCCCUGGCUAACGUAAUCUUGGGGGGCUAUGGCACGUCUUCCACUGGUACAGGAAAGCCUAUGGAGAUCACAGGAACGCAUUCUGAGGUCAAUGUGGAUCAGACAGUCGACAUGAUUAAAGAGGCUCAGAACAUAAUCAUUACUCCAGGUUAUGGACUCUGUGCUGCUAAGGCCCAAUACCCUAUUGCAGAGUUGGUUAAGAUGCUGAUGGAAGCUGGCAAAAAAGUCAGGUUUGGUAUACACCCUGUGGCUGGCCGUAUGCCUGGCCAGCUUAACGUACUGCUAGCUGAAGCUGGUGUCCCAUAUGAUAUUGUGUUGGAGAUGGAGGAGAUCAAUGAAGACUUCUCAGACACUGAUUUGGUUUUGGUGAUUGGUGCCAACGAUACAGUAAACUCUGCUGCUCAGGAAGACCCCAACUCUAUCAUUGCCGGUAUGCCUGUCCUGGAGGUCUGGAAGUCUAAGCAGGUGAUUGUGAUGAAACGUUCUUUGGGUGUAGGCUAUGCAGCUGUUGACAACCCCAUCUUCUAUAAGCCCAACACCGCAAUGUUGCUAGGAGAUGCCAAGAAGACUUGUGAUGCUCUGCAAGCUAAGGUUCGCGAAAAUCUGAGCCUUUAAUGCAGGUGUACUUUAAACAUCCCCUCAAAGCAUAAGAGCAGUGGGGAAAGUUAGAGGACGUUAGACUUUUUUCCUUUUCCUUGAAUUUAGGUCAACAUUUCGAUUAGCUUCCUUGUAUACUUAGCAGGCAAAAUAAUAACUCUAGGAAGUAGAACUCCUUUUUUUUCCUUCCGAAAAUAUAUUAAUCAAAUGAAAUGACGUGGGAACCUCAAUAAUGUGUGUUCUGAUGGAGAGAUUCCAUAAUGAGUGUGUGCUGUUCUAUAGGCAACAAUUUAAAAAGGUGUUCUGUUCACCUCCAUAAUGUAAAUGUAUUUUAUGAACGUGUUAGAUACGCUAAUUUCCACUCUUACUUUUUAAUAGUAAAUGGAUAGCAAUAAAACAUUUACAGUAGAGGUUUUCCUCAGGUGUCAGUGGCCCAUUUUAUCAGAUUUUAGAAGCUUCACCUUUAUAGAGAAAUGUUCUUUCAGGCAGCAGUGUAUUACUUUUUUCAUUUUUUUUUUUUUUUUCACUUUUUUUUUAACAUUUUCAAAUUAAAACUGAUAUACACAGAAAAAAUAAGCACUUAACGACUGCAUAUGAAGUAAUUUAAACAGUAUUUAGACAUCCUAGAUGUCCAUUUGGUGCAAAAGUACGGUAUAUUUAUUCCAAUCUUGGAUCUAAAGGAAAAAAAUUCUCAACCACACAUUGUGUAUCCUCAUUGCUGCUCAUUAGAAAAAAUAAGGAAUGUUAUUUGUAAAAAUGGAUUUUAACUGUUCUGCAUAUUGUCCCAUCAAAAGCUUAGUAUUAUUUAUUUUUUUAUUUGAGAAUUUCAAUUGAUAAAAAAGCCACAUACCAAUGCACAUUUUCUGCUGUUUAUAGUUUUAUUAAGUAUAUUUUUUAAAGUUAUAACAUAAUUAAAAUCUUUCCAAGGGUUUAGGGAACAAUAAUUGCCAUCAUUGUCUGUACUGAAAAUUACAAUGAACUGGGAAGCAGUUACUGUAAUGUGGUGUGUGUAAACUUACUGGAACUCCUUGAAGAAGGGCUGGGCAGUUAAUCAAAAUAAUCGAUUUUAUUCAUUUGUGUUUUUAAUAAUCACAAAAUUUGUGAAAUCGAGGAUUAUUAUAAUUAUUUUACUCCUAACUUUACUUGCAAAGCAGGGUUAUAGUACAAUUUUUAAAAAAAUCUUCAAAUUAUGAUUUUUUUUUAAACAUCGCUAUUAAAAUUAUAUUUCCUAUCCAUACAAAUGUAAUUUUCAUUCUUGUCCUCUCCUAUUAUUUAAGAAAUUGUAAACAGUUUGAAAGAUGAGCAGUCCCUUCUUUGAUUCUGAUUAAAAUCAUUUAAAAUUGUAAGUGUCCACUGUGUGCAAAUUUUAUUUUUUGGCCAUAUCGCCCAGCCCUACCUUGAAGUUGACUUUGGCAACGACCCUACCUCUAUAUACAUUGAUAGGACCUUUGUUUUCUCAGACAUGUUCUCGCACAAAACGGACAUGAAUUUCCACUGCAUAUUUAAGUUUAACAUCUUUUCUGUGCAUGUAACAAUCAUGUAUUUUUGAUGCUGUCGAGAGUUUCAAUACAGGCAUUUUUGUUUUGGUAUUUUUUACACAGCAAGUGGCCAAUGUCAUUCUUGUCUGGUUGCUUUGAGAAUAACUUCUCAAAUGAAGGGACUUGAUUGAUAACUCUGCUCAGUCCAACAUAGCCCUUGAUUUCUGUUAAAUACAAAGAAAUUAAAUGUUGGGACUUUAGAGGGAUAAAGACCACAUAUACUGUGAAUGUUUUUUCAUUUGCCACAGAACUUUCUCAUCCACAAUAAAUGAUAUCAAUAUC